GUUUCCGAUCGAGUGCUGAAAGCAAUCCGUGCAUGGGAUCGUUUCCCGCAAGACCGUAAUGACUUGUUAACAUUGGAUGCGAACUUCUUCCAAGAUUUGGGCCUUGAUUCGCUGGAUCACGUAGAGAUUGUAAUGUCGUUGGAGGAUGAGUUCGGCUUUGAAAUCGAGGAUAAAGAGGCGGAAAAAUUGAAAACACCGCGAGAUGUGGUGAAAUACAUUUGUGAACGUGAGGAUGUAUAUGAAUGA